AUGCACGACCCACCAAUGCGAGAUGGCUGGAACCUGCCGCGUGACGACUCAGUCGAGCAGCGGCACCGCGUCGACUGGCCCUCGGCGACGCUCAUGCAGUGCCACAUCUCGCACCUCGCAGCCGGCAUGGCGCUCGUUUUUGACGAAGAUGCCGAGCCAUGGGUGCAGGUGGCGGUCUGA